AUGAGUACACUUGAAGAUCUUCGAUCAGCAGUUAAACAAACACUUGAACAAAAUGGUUCAUUAGCUGCAACACGUGCUAAACUUCGUGCUGAUAUAUUUGCAACAUUACAAGAUCCAACUGAAGUUAAACCAAGAAUUCCACAUGAGAAUUUACUUAUUAAUGAACUUAUUCUUGAAUAUCUUAAUUAUAAUAAUUUACAUUGUGCUGCGUCAGUACUUGCUGUUGAAUCGGGACAACCAACACCAUCACUUGGUAGAGCUUUUGUUGCAGAACAAUUGAAUAUACAUGAUGAUGAUAAAACUCGACAAUUACCACUACUCUAUUCAUUAUUAUCACAUUUUGCAACAAAUACAAAAACGGCUAAUCGUACAUUAUCAAAUUAG